AUGGCUCAUAGACUAGUGCCCCGGGGCGGCGUCGAUCUCGAGGCCUUGUCCCCUAGGGAUGCCAACGCCCAGCGAGUACCCAAAGUGACCGACAUCAAAACAAAGACGGCCGCCCAACUCAAGGCCGCCAAGGAGAAGGAACACCCUCCACCCCCGCCUACAGAAGUCCCUGAGCCUCCAAGCACCGAUCGACCUGAUGGAGCAACGUAUCAGGUCGGUAAACUGCUCGGAAAGGGUGGCUUCGCAGUCUGUUACAGUGGCCAAUUAUUACCCACAAAGCAGCGAUUUGCUCUGAAGAUUGUCAAGAGCCACAUGCCUCCCAAAAUGGAACAAAAGUUCCAAACCGAGCUCCAGAUUCACUCAAAGAUGAAGCACAAAAAUAUCGUUCAAUUCUUGAGAGCUUUUUCAUACGAGAAAUGCACAUAUCUGAUUCUCGAAUUGUGUCCGAACGGCUCUCUCAUGGACAUGGUGAAGCGAAGGAAAGGUCUCACUGAGCCCGAAGUCCGCUUCUACUCAGUUCAGAUCGCCGGUGCUAUCAAGUACAUGCACAACAAGGGCAUCAUUCACCGUGACCUGAAGAUGGGCAACAUCUUCCUUGACUCUCAGAUGAACGCGAAGAUCGGUGAUUUUGGUCUUGCCGCUCUGUUGGUGACUGGUCGCGAUAUGCACACCAUCCGUCGCACAACUUUGUGCGGAACACCUAAUUAUAUUGCUCCCGAGAUUCUGGAGAAAGGAAAGAAGGGGCAUGACCAUAUGGUUGACAUCUGGAGCCUGGGCAUUAUCAUGUACGCCAUGUUUACAUCGAAGCCACCCUUUCAAUCCUCGACCACGGACGAAAUUUACCGCCGAGCUCGAGAGAGGGAUUAUGAUUGGCCAUCGGCGGAAACAUCACGAAGAUACAUCAGCCAGGAAGCUAAGGAACUAGUUGCCACGAUGCUUCAAGAUGCUGAAAGCCGACCGGAACCGGAGGAAAUUAUCCAACACCCCUUUUUCACCUGUGGUUAUAUGCCUACCGAAGCGGAAAUGAGCUCGCGCCUAAGAGAAGUCCCCCCGGACCGGGAGGAAUUUUACGCCUCUCGAAUGAGCAGUGCUUUGCAAGCACAAUCAUACAGGAACUUCAAGGACAUGUGUCGAGAGUGUGGCAUCGGCCCUUACGCCCCAGUUCAAGUCGUUCACACUCAGACGUGGAAGGAGAUGGCCGCUGAGGAGAAGGCUGGGCUGACACCGAUGAUCCCUCUCGAAGAAGGAAUUGUCUACAGACCAUUCGAAGAGUGGUUGAAGGAGCAACAGCAGAUAAAGGUCAGGUACACAGCAUCCUUGGCUGCACAGGCAAGCGUGUCUACCGAAGACCCUAUGUCAGCUACUCAACGAGCACCGGCAGGUCUCCUUCGUCAACCUCCUCAGAGUUUUGCUGCACAGCAGAGGAUGCAACACAGGCCAGCAGGCACUAUGGUAUCCGCAAAGCCCCGCCCAGCGCCCGAAGCAACACUUUCGGCUUCCCAGAGCUUACGUACAAGAACACGAAAGGAACUGCCUCGAGAAGCUCCUCCAAGGGAAACUGUUGAGUCUGUCGGCAAGAGCCUGCGAGCUUCGACUCGAUCAGCACCUCCGCCAAGAGCAACUUCUCAGCAACCUGCAGAGCGACAGCUUUCUGAACGACCGUCGCUUGACCGUCAAGCAUCUGCUCCUGCCACCACAGCCCCUCCUGCGCCAGCUGCACCCCCUAAGAAGGAUACUACUGGCAUGCGGCCUGCAACGCUGUUCAGCGCCUCCGAGCGGCAAGAUAGAAUCUCCGGAACGAAGCCCGACGCAGUUUUGGAUCGUCUACAUCGCCUCCAGAAUGAGCUUGAACGAGCUCUAAACUCGAGGACUAUGGCUAUAAUAUCAUCCAAGACUGUUGCACCACCGCAUCCCCAUGUUGUUGUCAAAUGGGUAGACUACACCAACAAAUUCGGCCUUGGAUAUAUCUUAAACGACGGUAGUAUUGGCUGCAUUCUUCGGGACAUCCCAACCACGGAAAACGGCAAGCCCGCCUUGCUUCCUCCUGCUGGGGUCUUCAUUCGUGGUGCCGAGAGACACAUCGUUCGCGGUAAGGACGAGACGUACGAGGAUAGGGUACAGCCUCUCCCAAUGACAGAACCUAUCAAGUUCUUCGAGAAUAAUGGCGAGGCCGGCCUUUCGGAGGUAGUUGUCUCUCCGGAGCAAUUUCGAGUAGCUGUGAAAGAAGAUGGGACUGCAGGCAAGAUGCAGCCCGGUAGGGACAUCUUCCAGCAUCGGAAGCGCGAGAGAAUAAUUCUCUGGAAGAAAUUUGCUAACUACAUGAUUGCUUUUGGACGGGACGAUUUCGUGCCGGUUGAAGAGACCGACCCGGCUGGUGCCAUAUCCCCAGGACAGAAGGGCACAGUAGCUGAGCUCGUCACAUUUUACCAGCGAUUCGGAGAUGUUGGUUGCUGGGUCUUCUGCGAUGGCCAUCUUCAGUUCAAUUUCCCCGAUCAUACAAAGAUCGUAAUCGAUCACACUGGGACCUGGUGUCACUUCUGGCACCUCCCCCAGGACGCUGCCGAGAGACUUGCGGCCACUGGCACUAUCGGCGCCGCUGCACUUGAUGACCGAGCGAUGCUAUCGUACCCUCUGCAGACAUUGUUAAACUUCCAGGCAAAGCCUGCAGCCCCUCGGGCUGGCCGAACCACAACCACAACAAGAAGACGUCCCGAGAUCGCGCCUGAGUUACAGGGUAUUCCUGCUGCCAAUGAUUUCCGACGCAAGAUUGUCUUUAUCAAGGAUGUCGUGAAGGAAUGGGUGACCAAUGGUGGCCUGGGCAACAGUCAAAUGAGUCGAGAAUCCCGCCUUCGCUGGGGUGGUCACCGGGAAACCAUCAGUAACCACGCACCCCAGAAACACGUAUGGGUUACUGUCGGAGCUCGAUGGGGAGAUCAGCGUAUCUCUACCUAUGUCGACCCUCGAAAGCCUUGGGAACUCGGGGAGGAUGUAGACCACUCGAGGAAGCAAGAGUCAUGA